UAAAGUAGUCCGAAAAACAAUGACGUAGGUGGUUUUUGCUCUCACUGCAAAGGCAAUCAGAAGUGCUCAAGGAAUGUAGUGCAAGGCAAAUAAAACAGCCAAAAUCCCAAUGAAAACACCAUCGGAGGGCAAAUAUUAGGAUUCAUCGUGUGCUUGUGCGGAGAAUGAAAUAAGACAGCGCGAUGCCUCGAAAUUACGAAGCUUCCGGGGAGUUCUCCAAGUCAUCCCGCACUUGGCUUCACAAUGAGCAGGCUCUGCUCAGUGAGGAAGGAGUGACAUUCAAUGUCCGGUACAUCGGAUGUUUAGAAAUCAAGACAUCGAUGAAAACAUUGGAAUUCACGACACGAUCGCAAGUGGCCAAAGAAUGCAUCAAUCGCGUGUGCGAGGCGGCAGGACUGAAGGCAUCGCGGAAGAGGCGCGUGGACAAGAAGAUCAUCCAGUGCAUCUCGGAGAAGCCCAUCAUGGAGAAUGCGGGCGCCAAUGUCACUCUCACAGUGUCCAGUAAAUUCCUGUCGCUGGUCAACAUCGACACGGGUGACAUCAUAGCCAACAAUGACAUGCCCAGAAUCUCAUUCGCGUCCGGCGGCGACACAGACACGCUGGACUUUGUUGCCUACGUGGCCAAGGAUCUGAAGGACUGGCGAGCAUGCUAUGUGCUCGAAUGCGGCGGUGGACAAGCCCAGGAUUUGAUUGCCACGAUUGGUCAGGCUUUCGAGUUGCGCUACAAGGAGUUCUUCAACAAACCACAAGAAUACAAGAACGUAAAGGAUUCUCCGUACAAUUUGCGGUGUGAUAAAGACUACUACAAUGAUUUACCUGGGAAAGUUCCGCCGGAUUUGCUCUUUGACGGUGAUUUGGCGCAAUCUCUGUCGCAUUUAAAUGUUAAGCAGACAUCUCAUGAUCGCAUGAGCACAAAUUUAAUAGAUUUGAAUAGUCCAACACUGGAGCAUGACUAUGUCAAUGAGAAUCGACAGGCUGGAGCUUCAGAGGCCACAGCGAGUACUUCAUUCCAAACACGCGAUCUCUUCGAUAUGCAGCCAUUCUCGCUGUCUGCCGAGGUGCAGAGGUCGCAGCUGAUCACAGAAUCGUGGUUCCAUGGCGCGAUAAGCAGACCUGUCUCGGAGAAUCUGCUCAAGAGCGAUGGGGAUUUCCUGGUGAGGGAAUCUCAGGGCACGCCAGGGCAGUAUGUUCUCACUGGAAUGCAGUCUGCGUCGCCCAAGCAUCUUCUACUUAUCGAUCCCGAAGGAGUUGUCCGGACGAAGGAUCGUAUCUUUGAGAGCAUCAGCCAUCUCAUAAACUACCACUGGACAAAUUCCCUGCCCAUUAUAUCUGCAGAGAGUGCGCUAGUCUUGCGAACACCAAUUCUGCGAACAUACGAGCUGAAAGUGACAAAGUAAUUCAAUUCUUAGACGUAAUAUUUGCUCCAAGAAUGUAUUUUUCUCCUCAUAGAACAAAAAAGAAUCAUCUAUAUAUCCAAAUAUUAUUAAAGAAAAAAAUGCACUAAUUAUUCCUGAUUAGAGAGAGAAAAGAUAAAGAGAUGUUAUAAAGAAGAUAUUUUAUUAGGAAAAGUAAAAAUCAAAAUGUAAUUUCAAAGUGUAAAUGAAUAUACAGAUUUAACUUCA